GAAUCUGGCCCAAAGUCGUGCGGCCGCCGGCUGCGUGUGGUAGCGGAGCAUGCCCCGCGUGGGGCACCUCAGGCCCUACCGCGGAGCCCCACUGCCGGCCAGAGGGGUGCCUCAGCUACUGGGACGGGACGGAGGGGGCUCGGGGAUCCCCACAGCCCUAGGCCCCGGUGCGUGACUGACCCUCACGUUGCCAGAUUCCCCAGCGCAGGCCAGGAUGUUCGUCCUGGUGGAGAUGGUGGACACUGUGCGGAUACCCCCGUGGCAGUUUGAGAGGAAGCUCAACGACUCCAUUGCCGAGGAGCUGAAUAAGAAGUUGGCCAACAAGGUCGUGUACAACGUGGGACUCUGCAUCUGUCUGUUCGACAUCACCAAGCUGGAGGACUCCUAUGUGUUCCCCGGGGAUGGCGCUUCGCACACUAAAGUCCAUUUCCGUUACGUGGUGUUCCAUCCGUUCCUGGACGAGAUUCUCAUCGGGAAGAUCAAAGGCUGCAGCCCCGAGGGAGUGCACGUCUCUCUAGGGUUCUUCGAUGACAUUCUCAUCCCCCCAGAAUCACUGCAGCAGCCAGCCAAGUUCGACGAGGCCGAGCAGAUGUGGGUGUGGGAGUAUGAGACGGAGGAAGGAGCGCACGACCUGUACAUGGACAUCGGCGAGGAGAUCCGCUUCCGGGUGGUGGAUGAGAGCUUUGUGGACACGUCCCCCACCGGGCCCCGUUCGGCCGAGGCCGCCUCUGCCAGUGAGGAGCUGCCGAAGAAGGAGGCCCCGUACACGCUCGUGGGAUCCAUUAGUGAGCCGGGCCUGGGCCUUCUCUCCUGGUGGACUAACAGCUAGCCCUGGGGCUUGGCGGUGGGCCGGCCCACAUCCGCAGACCCCAGCCCAGCCCUGUGGAAGGGCCUGAGGACAGCAGCGGCCUCACGCGUGCCCAGGACCGGAGUGUGUGCCGUGAGGAGAUGCAGGGCGGGGCCAGGAGUGCCCUGCCACCUUGUCCCCUCCCCUGCCGCCCUGGCCUUGCUCUUCUUCCCGGAAGCCCUGCUCUCAGUGACAGCAAAGACACUUAAUAAACAAUGGUGGCCAUCGUGGAGGAGUCACCCAUGUCCCUGGCUGUUGCCAUGACCAAAGGUCACUGAAUUGCCACAGAUCAGACAGG